AUGUCGAAAUCGAAUUUGGAAGAAAUUUAUCAGAGUUUCUGCGACACGUUUGCCAGUCCAUAUACACCAUGGGUUACGCUAGCAUUGGCGAUCGGUAGCCAUCAAGCAAUUCUUCGAUACCAGUCGUACAGAGAAGAUCAAAAGGCUGCCGCCGUGCCUUGGUUUCCCCGAAAUAUCCAGAGGGACAUCUACAACUCCAUCGCCUCUAAAAUGAAGAACAAGCUACCGAAGAGCAUCCAGCACGCCGCACUACUACGAUACGCCGUCGAAACGGUCCGCCGAGGUAGAGAGAUAUUGCAGCUGCGAGAUCCCUCUGGCAGAUUCGAAGUCUUGGUUCCGAGUCCUUCGCAUAUUCGCACACGUAGAAUCGAAAGGGCCUUUGUCGAACUGCAGGAAGACGAGAAAGUGAUUAAACGAGAGGCAAGAAAAUUAUCAAAGGGUUGGGGGAAGACCAUUUUCGCAUCAGCUGUUGCCAUACUGGAGAACGAGGAACUGACAAAGUCGCUGGACGAAAUUGAAGGCAAACGCGAACGUGAAAUUGGAAUGUGGGAGAUCAAGAAACAGGACAUUUUGAAGGAUUUUCUGGUAGAGAUUGAAGAAGAACAAGAGCGCGCUAAGAUAGCUGCUAUGAAGAAACAGAGCCGGGCAGAUAAGAGUGGGAAGAAGGGCAAGAAGUGA